AUGGGCGAGUCCACAAACAAAUUCACAAACGUAUUUAUAAAGAACUUUGGAGAAAGUCUGGAUAAGGAGGCGCUUCAGAGGCUUUUCGAACCGUUUGGUAAGAUUACUAGUUGUACGGUCAUGACCGAUGCCGAAGGCAAGUCGAAGGGUUUCGGUUUUGUCGCUUACGAGCAGCCAGAGCAGGCCGAGAAGGCCGUGCAAGAAAUGAACGACUACCAAAUUGAAGGCACCGAUCACAAACUAGUAGUUUGUCGCGCGCAGAAAAAAAGUGAGCGUGACGCAGAGCUUAAACGCAAGCAUGAUCUUCAGAAGGGGGUGAACUUGUAUGUGAAAAACCUUGACGAUACAGUCAACGAUGAAGCUCUCCGCAAAUACUUUGAAUCUCAUGGCAAGAUUACUUCGUGCAAGGUUAUGACCGAUGAGAGUGGUCGUUCGAAAGGCUUCGGAUUCGUUUGUUUUGAAAAGCCUGAUGAGGCUACUAACGCUCUCACUGAGAUGAACUCGAAAAUGGUGUGCUCAAAGCCAUUGUACGUCGCAAUGGCUCAGCGUAAGGAAGACCGUCGCGAGCAGUGUGUUGCUGAAUCUCAACCAAGAAGUCAGCGAAUGGGUGCGAUGAGCGAUUGCGCAAAAAAUAUCACAAACGAACAGAAACAGCUGCUCGGAGAACGUAUCUGCGCUCUCGUCGGAAGGUUGUAUCCGGGCCACAAGAACGCAGAGAAGAUCACUGGAAUGAUGCUGGAAAUCGACAAAUCGGAGCUUAUUAUGAUGCUGCAGGACUUGGAUCAUUUCAAGUCGAAGGUGGAAGAGGCGUUAUCGGUCCUUCAAUCGACGGAACAAAAACAGCUGCUUUGGGAACGUAUCUACGCUCUUAUUGCUAGGUUGUAUCCGGACCACAAGGAUACAGAGAAGGUCACUGGAAUGAUUCUGGAAAUCGACACUUUGGAGUUUACUAUGAUGCUGCAGGACUUGGAUCAUUUCAAGUCGAAGGUGGAAGAGGCGUCAUCUGCCCUUCGAUCGGCGGCCAAAAUAAACUGA